AUGGUAGUCAUGGAAACAGAGGGAUUGACUCAACCUGAAACUUCGAGAGGAGUAUUUGGCCGAAUUGACGUCCGUGCGUCGCCGUUUACACCAGCACAUCAGUCAACGAGAAUGUCGGAUCCGUUACCACCAGAUCUUACAAUGAUUUCAAAUGUAACACAAGCUACCGAACGAGCACUUUCAGCAAUUGCUGACACGCAAAGGGAUCUGACGAAACAAAUGAGGAUUCCUAGAGCCGAACCAGAGAUAUUUGGUGGAGAUGAGACCAAGUUCCGUGAGUUCUUCAUUGACUUCCAAGAGUACGUAGCUAAAUGGACCGACACGGACAGAGAGAGGCUAACACAGUUACGAGCAUACACGUCAGGAACACCGCAUGAAUUAGUGCGUGGCUGUGUCCAUCUGAGACCUGAAGGAGGGUACGCAGAGGCUCUUAGACUACUAGAAACAAGAUACGGAGCACCGUACAGCACCAGCAGAGCAUAUAUCAGGAAAAUAUCAGCCUGGCCGAAGUUGAGUAUGAAGGCUGCAGAAGAUAUGGAUCGAUUUGCGAUUUUACUACGGGAUAGCCUAAAUGCAUUGACUGGACUUGGGCGACUGACUGAACUGGAACAUCCGUCCAUGAUGGCCCAGAUUGUGGAUAAACUACCUGACUGCUUAAGAUAUAAGUGGAUUAGGCAGGAUACAGAAAUUUUUACGAAAACUGGUAAUCCGGCUAAUUACCAGAACUUGGUUAAGUUUAUUGAAGCACAGGCCAAGGUAGUUAUGAACCCCAGGUAUGGCACCAGACAAAGGACCGAAGAGGGACCAAAACCAUCUCAAGGAGAAAGAAAACAAGACAAGUCACGAUCAAAUCCGGGAAAGCAAGCACCGUCCAAAGCUGCUUUCAGAGUAACAUCCAGCAGUGAAAGGUCCAAUGACAAGCCAGGAGAAAGAGAAGAUCAUUGCAGUUACUGUAAGGAAUUGCAUAAAAUCCAAGAUUGUAUGAAGCUUAAGAAGUUGCCAAGACCUGAGAGAGGUGAAUUUCUGAAGAAGACCGGGCGUUGUUUUAAGUGCUUGGAGCGGGGCCAUAUUGCUAAAGACCAUGGCAAUCAGUCAACCAGCCAGACAGUUGUGAAACCUGAGACCCCCAGUUCUGUAAACAAAUCAGAAGCUGUAAAGUCAAGAGAAGCCGUGAAAACUGUGAAAACAGAAGAAGUAACUUCAAGAAGAAUUGGAACCACUGGGAGAAUUGCAAUGGCAGUCUUACCAGUCAAGCUGAGAAGUUUACAUAAUGGAGUAGAAGUUACUACGAAUGUAUUCUUAGACAAUGGAGCCGGAGCGAGUUUCAUCACUGAUGGAUUGGCGACCAAGAUGGGACUUACAGGCCAGUCUGUGAAAGUUGACCUAUCCACGAUGCUCCAGAGCUGUGCUAGUGUUGAUUCAAGAAAAAUCCAAAGACUUGAAGUCAAAGGCCUUUCCAAGGGAGAUGAGUGGAUCAAAUUGAAUGAACUCUUCACACACAGUACGAUUCCCAUCAAGCCUUGGGAGAUUCCCACAGAGAAUGAUGUUAGGAAAUACACAGAGUUAAAGAAAGUUGAUCUGAAAGUUAUCGAUCACCCAGUUGAGAUACUCUUCCGAGCUAAUCAACCAGAAAUCACACGGCCAGUAGAGAUCAUUCCCACAAAAGAAGAUGGACCCUACGCUAUGCGGACCAAGAUCGGCUGGACGCUACUCGGACCUGUUCAGAGGGGCCGGAUGAAUAUUGCUUCAAAGCCUCUCCACAGACUUACCGUUGAAGAACUGAACAACAACAUGAAUGCUCACUUCAGCAGAGAAUUUGAUGACGGACCACAGGGCGAAGAGAUUUGUAUGUCCAGAGAGGAAGAACGCUUCAUGACUAAGCUGCGAGGAACCAUUGCCUACACUGGAGAACGAUAUCAGGUUCGCUUACCGCUGAAGGAUCAACUUCCAGCAGUUCCAGAGAGCAGACCAAUGGCUGAACGUAGAUUAUCUGCAGUGUUGAAACGAAUGAAAAGAGACAAGAACUAUGCGACUGCUUAUCAGAGCCAGAUGAAUGACCUUAAGAAAAAGAGAUACAUCGAACGUGUUCCAGAGAAUGAACCUGAUGUAAAAAUCAGAUGGUAUCUACCACAUCAUGGUGUAAUCAGCGAGAGAAAGCAGUCCAAGUUGCGAAUCGUGUUUGAUGGUUCAGCUGAAAUUGAUGGAAUUUCAAUCAACAACCUGUUGAUGAAAGGGCCAGACCUGACAAACAGGCUAGACGGAGUACUACUAAGGUUCAGAGAGUACCCAGUUGCCGUUAGCAGUGACAUUCAAGCCAUGUUCCACCAGAUACAAGUACCGCCAGAAGAUCGAAAUUGGUACCGAUUUUUAUGGGUCGAUGACCAAGGCCAGAUUGAAGAUUGGAGGUGGACAGUACAUCCUUUCGGAUCGAAACCUUCACCAGCCAUAGCAUGCCAUGCGUUGAACCACGGGUUGGAAGAACAGGCUGAUGACAGAACAAGAGAGAGUUGUAUCGCUGCUAAACAGACAUUUUACGUUGAUGAUCAUCUCGACAGCUUCAUAGACACUGAAAGGGCAGUAAAACACGUUAAAUGUGUUGACGAGACAUGCCAACGCUCAGGAUUCCUGUUGAGAAAAUAUGCCAGUAAUCAUCCAGAGAUCAUCAACUGUAUACCGCAGGAUCGCCACGUUGAAAUUGGGAGUGAAAUUAGCCUAACAGAAGAUUGUAAAGAGUUGCCAACACUUGGUAUGAACUGGAAGCCUGAGAGUGACAAGUUGUCUUACCGAGCUCCAGAUCUUAAGGAAGUUAAAACCAGACGCGAGCUUUUGUCAAACAUGACGAAGCUGUUUGAUCCGUUGGGGUUGGUGUCACCAUGGAUACUCAACUGUAGAUUGAUUGUACAGAACCUGUCAAGGCUGAAGCUAAAUUGGGAUGACCCUGUACCAGAAGAUGAACUUCGAAAGUGGAUCAACUGGAGAGAUGGAACUCAUGCAGUCACGGAGAUAGAGUUUGAGAGAUGUAUGACGACUUAUACACCUGGACCACACGAUGAACAUCAGCUACACGUGUUCGGCGAUGCAUCCGAAAGAGCACAUGGUGUAGCAGCUUACAUUAGCACCCAGAGUGAGGAUGAGAUUGACUCCAAGCUGAUCUACGCUAGAUCCAGAGUAAAUCCGCAAAAAGGAGAAACCAUGCCAAGAGCGGAGUUGGUUGCAGCUACGCUGGGAGCAAAAACUACUGCAAAGUUGAAGAAAGAACUACGACUACCGCUGCAGAAAAGUGUUAAUUGGACAGAUAGCACGAUUGUCCUUGAAUACCUCCGAAAUGAGACCAUUCAAACCUCAGUCUUUGUCAGAAACCGAGUUGGGACAAUUUUGACUCUCACCAGAGUCGAGGAUUGGAGGCAUGUACAAGGCAGAGAAAACCCAGCUGAUAUUGCAUCAAGGGGCGGGACAGCCCGGGAUCUAAGAUCAAGCCUAUGGCAACAUGGGCCAGAGUUCCUGCGACUGCCUGAGGAGAUUUCAGUAAAUCGCAUAGAGGGACAAUCAGCAGCAGACAAAGGAGCAGAUCACACCAUUUCAGUACUGAAUAGACUAUCCGAUUGGGAAAGGAUCCUAAACCUUGUCCAGUGUAUGCUGAAGCCUUUCAACCCUGAGGAUGAGGUUUCAACAGCUGAUGCUAGAAUUCAUGCCAAGGUUGCAGUCCUGAGAACCAUUCAACGAAUGUACUACAGUGCGGAGUUACAGAGUCUGCGUGAGAAAUUGACAACUCCAAGAUGCAGCAAAAUUCGUAAGUUAUGCCCAGAGAUCGACAAAGAUGGCUUACUUCGCGUCGGGGGAAGAUUGAACAACAGUCUGCUACCACAUGAGGGAAGACGACCAAUCAUACUGCCAGGUGGAGAGCCAUUGGUCCGAAAACUCAUCCGCAGGAUCCAUUGGAUGGAAGGCCACGUCGGAAGAAAUCAUGUGAUUUCAUCACUGCGAGAACGAUACUGGGUCACGGGAGUCACAGUAGCUGUCAAGCAGGUUUUAAAGAAUUGCGUGUUAUGCAAGAAAUACCAAGCAAGACUCCAGACUCAGAAAAUGGGAAACCUACCUAUCGACAGAAUAUCUGCCACAAGAGCUUUCGAGAAUUCGGGAGUCGACUACUUCGGACCGUUGGAGGUGAAGAUAUCAGGUCGUUUGUACAAACGGUACGGAGUACUCUUUUCAUGCAACUAUACUAGAGCCAUUCACUUGGAGCUGACUCGAAAGUUGGACACUCAGUCGUGUCUCUUUGCAAUCAGCCGAUUCACGAACCGCCGGGGGAGACCAAGGAAACUCAGAUCCAAUAAAGGAAGUAAUUUGAUUGGAGCUUCCAAGGAGCUGAAACAGGACUUACUUAAAUUGAACAAGGAGUUGCGGCUCCAAGAAAAACUAGCAAAGGAGGAGAUUGACUGGGAAUUUAACCCCCCUCUUGCAAGUCACUUUGGAGGACACUAUGAACGGCAGAUAAGAUCGGUCAGAAAGAUUCUAUAUGGACUAAUGAACAAACAACGAUUGGAUGAGGAGGAGAUGCAGACAGUUAUGGUGAAAGCAGAGUGGAUCAUGAAUAGCAGACCACUAACCGCAUGCAGCGCUGCUGACACUUCGGUCGUCGCAAUAACUCCGAAUCAUUUAAUGGGAUUGAACACGGUGGAAACAGACACUAGUGUAACUGAGGAAAGUGACAUGUACCGAGGAAGAUGGAAACGCGUGAAUUACGUGACUGACCAAAUCUGGAAGCAGUUUAACAAACUGUAUGUUUCAUCAUUGCAGGAGCGAAACAAGUGGCAGGAUGCAAAAUCAGACCUGCAACAGGACGAUAUCGUUGUGCUACAGGACACUUCAGUUGGUAGAGCCUAUUGGCCAGUUGGUAGGAUCGUGAACAUUCACAAAGGAAGUGACGGUCAUGUUAGAUCAUGUGAAGUUCGCACUCAGAAUGGAACCUACCGUAGACCAAUCACCAAGUUAGCCAAACUGCUAGAAGCAGAGGACUAA